AAAAUUUCUGCCUCUCACUACUCUCCCUUCCUCUUUCUUCUUCCUGUUAUCUCCUGUCUCUGACCUCUGUAAUUUCUUCAGCACGUUGCGCUGCGUUUCCUUCAAUGGAAUUGGAAGCUGUUGUUUAGCCUGGAAUUUGGGUCUGCUACUUUGGGUUAUUGAGUUGUUAGUUUGCAGGUUUCUGCGGAGCUAUGGCGACGACAACAAGCUUACCCAACCGUCCAAGGCAUGCUAAUUUUUCCAUUUGUAAGCUUCUCAGUUCAAGUCAUGCGACUGUAGACCCUGGAGCAUGCUCUCACAAGAAUGGUUGCUUCUUUGGACGGAAACCCAGUUACCAGCCCUGUUCCAUUCAUGUAGCUCAACCCUUUUUCAUCAAUAAUUUCAGGAGGAUGGCAUGGUCUAUUAGAAGCAGUGUGGAUGCCAGCGGAUUUGAUCCUUCUUCCAGCAAUAAUGGCAGGCCGAGAUUAAUUAGGGCCAUCCAAGUUAUUCAAAGUAAACUAGGUGUGAGACUUCAGGAGCUAAGGAGAAACCUUCCAAUGAAGAUACUCUUUUUCUUGCUAGGAUUUUAUUGUGCAACUGCAUUUGCUACUGUUAUUGGGCAGACGGGUGACUGGGAUAUUCUUUCUGCCGCCUUGGCUGUGCUUGUUGUGGAGGGGAUAGGAGCCCUCAUGUAUAGGGCCUCUCUUCCUGUACUCGCCAAUGUUAGGAGUCUGAUCACCAUGUUUAACUAUUGGAAGUCUGGGCUUACUCUCGGUCUCUUCUUGGAUUCAUUUAAGUAUGAAGUGGAUAAGAUUACUGGGUUUAGUGAUCUCAUAAAUUUUGAAAUAGAUGUGUUCCCUGUAUUCUUGUAGCAAGCUGCUGCUCUGAUAUGCUGUUUGGUAAUGUAUUGUGCAUCCAUCAUGGAGUUGAAAGCGUGGGUGGAUUCAAUUCCAAGAGCUCUGGUUGUCAAUGAUGGCCUUUGAUGGACUAUAAAUGGUGGCACUGAGACGAAAGCAAUGUAGUAGUAAUUCGUAUGGAGUAACUCCUUUGCCUUGUCACCUAUGGUGUUUUUGGUUCCCUAAGUUCAUUCUUUGCUUGGAAUUACGGGUAGAAUCUCCUGGCCAUAGUUACAAAGACUACAGUGCAUCAAUGAUCAUAUGGAGAAGUAGGACAGAAGUUUUUUCAUGCUUCAGGCUUGCCCAAAUUUUUUAUCCGACUAAUCUCCUAGGACAACAGUGACAACGUCUGUUUUGUCACGUAGAGGAACUUCCAUGGGUUCUAAACAAGUUUAAGUAUUGCAUAUGCUUUUCUUCUCAGCUUGUUGGUUGGAAAAUUGAUGCUGUGAAUAGUUGAAGAUAUUGAAGGAUCAAAGGAAGGCAGUUAUCACUGGCAUGUAUACCUUUCAGCUGAUGUCAAUAGUGCAAUGUUCCAUAGCAGCUUCCUGUAAUCUUGAUACAAACACGACCCAGCAAACUGCAAUCAUUUAUCAAUGCUAGGGCCUGGAUAUGCUGGCAGGCUCAUAAUCCGCUUGUCCAACACAGGGCCUCCGAUGGUGAAAUGAUAUAGACUCUGAAACUUUGAUCCUCUAAACCCAAGAAGUUCGUGCACUGCAAAUGUACAACAAAAUGAAAAAUCAGACAUCAUUUUGAUUGUUGCACAAUGACAGAGCGCACCUUGUUGUAAUAAGGGGGAGUUGGGGCAAAGGCAGGCCUUAGAUUUUGGUGUUACUCAUUAUAGAGGAAAGAGUAUGUUCUUUAAGGACAUUUUUUCCUCAUUUCACUGCAAUUAUCUCAAAGGAACAUGCAAAUUGUAAUGGCACUGGCUUAUACACCCUGACCAAGGAUGAGACCACCUUAUGCAACUACUGACAUAAAGAAUGCAGUAUACCUCAGAUGAGAUAUGUAACCUAUCAUCCUUUAUGUAAAGCUCCAUGUGAUGACUAGGAUACCAUUUAUAAUC